AUGGAUCAAGACUCUUUUCGGCAAUUGCUACAAACUCCGCGGCCAGGCGCGUCGAGCACACCCACGGCUCGCGGCACAUUACUCGGCCAGGCUAAGAAACCUGCGGCCGCGAAGAAGGCUUCCAAUGAACCCGCCUUCAAGCCUCGCAACGUGAAGAAGGACAAGGAUGGCGAGAAGAAGAAAAAGGACGCGAGAUGGAGGGACCGUGCUGCAGAGCGAAGAGAGGGCAAGGAAGGCGACUUUGCGGACGUCGAGGCGGUUCUGAAGGAGUUUGAGAAGCGGAAUGAAGGGGAGGAAGAUAUGGAGGACAAACGCGCAUACCUUGGCGGAGACGCCGAACAUUCUGUCCUCGUCCGUGGCCUAGACCGUGCUCUCCUCGAACAAAACCGCGCACGUCUCGCCUCACAUACGAAUGCCGAAGCAGACGAGGAUCUUGAAGCCACCUUCUCGUCACUACCUGCCGCCAAACCCGACUCCGCUGCACCGAAGAAGGGCGCAGACGGCAAGAAGCGCAGUAGAGCGGACAUCUUAGCCGACUUGAAGGCGAAGAGAGAUGGCGGAGUACCAGCGACACCUGACGACGCACCAUUUCCGAAUAGCAAGUUCAAGCCGAUUGCUGCGAGUAGCGGGUUCAAGCCCAUAGGCGAGAAGAAGAAAAAGAAGAAGAGGGCGAAGGAAGAGGCAGCGAAUGGGGAAGACGGAGGCAAGAAGAAGAAACGGAAGAUGGACGAGGGCGCAGUAGAAGGGAGGAAUGGAGCUGGGAUGGAGAAGGAGACGCCAGGUGCAACGAAUGAGCCCGUAUCGAGACCACCUGCACCUGAACCUGAACCCGUCGACGAGGACUUCGACAUAUUCGCAGACGCAGGAGAGUACGAAGGCGUCGCAGACUCUGGAUCCGACUCUGACGAGGAUAAACCGCGGCCACCCUCACCACCUCCGGCUGCUGGACUGCCACGACGAGGAUGGUUCGACGAACCUGAGCCAUCACCUCCUCCGACUGCACCAUCUCCACCUCCUGCAACCGAUAAAGGGAAAGGAAAGGCACCGGGUCCCGACAUCGAAGAGGGCGAGAUGCAAGAUGACCACGAAGAAGAAGAACAGCCUAUACGCCUACAGCCUCUCUCGUCUUCGACCGUGCCGUCUAUCCGUGAGAUUCUGGCCGCUGACAAGGCGGCGGAGAAGGAAGAGGCGCGGAAAGCGCGCAAGGAGAAGAAGAAGAAGGGCAAAGGGGAGCUGAGCGAGGAGGCGAAGAUCAACCGUGAUCUUCAGAAGAUGAAGGUGCUUGAGGCGAAGAAGGGCAAGUAG